GGUGGAGAGAGAAGAAGAGGUGGGGAGAAGAAGAGGUGGAGAGAAGAAGGAGACAAGUCCAAAGAGGAAGAAAGGACUGAGGGAGGAGAGGAGAGUCUGUCAGUCUCAGGUAAGGGUCAGUGUAUUCUGUAAAAUAGAAUGCCAGUAGAAUGGAGAGUCAUAGGGGCUCAAAGACUGAGAAAACCAGGAACAUUGAGGAGGAAGUUAACAACACUGCUGUAUGAGUGUUUGACUGUUUUUGCACUGUGUGGCCUCAUUAUGUGCUCUGCACGUAUAUGUGUAUGUCUGUGUGUGCUGUAGGAUGGGUUAUGACCUGGAGAGGUUUGUGGGGUACGUGAACGAGGGACUUCUGUGCUGUGUGUGUCGGGAUGUGUUGGAGCGCCCCCUCCAGGCCCCUUGUGAACAUGCCUACUGCGCUGCCUGCAUCAGCUCCUGGCUCAUACACCACCACUCCUGCCCUGAGGACAGACUUCCACUGGACAUCAGCACUCUGAGACCACUACACAGGUACACACACACACAGAAACACUCUCACACACACACACACACACACACACACACAAUAUGGUUAUUCUAACAAUCACUCUCUGGUCUGGUCUGGGUUAGGUACAUGCGUAAUGACCUGUCUAGGCUCCAGAUCCGUUGUGUUAACUCUGGCCAGGGCUGUGAUGCUGUCUGCUGCCUGGAGACACUUCACACACACGAGGAUGAGUGUCCAUUCGCCCUCAUGCCCUGCUCCUACACAGGUACUACAGGCUGCUGAGGGGAGGACGGCUCAUAAUAAUGCCUGGAAUGGAUUCAAUGGAAUGGGAUCAAACAUGUGGUUUCCAUGUGGUUGAUACCGUUCCAUUGACUCCAUUCCAGCCAUUACUAUGAGCCGUCCUCCCCUCAGCAGCCUCCACUGAUUACAGUGUAUUACAAUACAGAGAGUGUGUGGGUGAAUAUGAACGUGUCAGUGUAUGUAAGUGUGUGUAAGUGUAUUAGAGAAAUGUAUAGUAUACUACAUGGAAGUGUGUUUAGUUGAGACGGAGCAGAAGUGAUAUGACACCUGUGUGAGGGGAGCAGGUGGUAGACCAGUUGUCAUGGUGACAUCAUACAGAGCCCACCUGGGAUGAACAAUGACCUCAGCUCCAGGUAGCAGUUGCUCUUAGGCACAGAUCUAGGAUCAUCUUACCCUAACCGAAUCCUAACCUUUACGAUUAUGGGUGAAUAAUAAAAUACCCUAGAUCUGUAUAGAGGAAACAUCCAACUACUCAGGGAGGGAUCCCACCUCCAUUUUUUAUGAGCAACAUCCCCCAGGGGAUGAGCGCCAAUGCAACGGAGGGAUGGGGGGGAUGUGUGAGUUGGUAUUAGGUGAACUCUCAUGUGUGUCUGUGACCUGUUGUUGGCAGGUGGAGACUACAUAUGUUACCAGUGCGGUAGGUAUCAGAGUGUGUGUGUCUGUGUGGUAUUGGAUUGGAUUGUGUUUAAUUUAUUUGCACAAUUAAAAACAUAAAAAGUUAUUAUCCUUCAAUCUUCCUUUGACCUUUUGCUACUGCAUCUCUGAGUGGGGGAGUGCUUGAGUGCCGUGCAAUGAAGUGGAGUGGGGGAGAGGAAGGUGGAGUGGGUUAAAGGAAGGUGGAGUGGGGAGAGGAAGGUGGAGUGGGGAGAGGAAGGCAGAGUGGGGGAGAGGAAGGUGGAGUGGGGGAGAGGAAGGUGGAGUGGGGGAGAGGAAGGUGGAGUGGGGAGAGGAAGGCAGAGUGGGGGAGAGGAAGGUGGAGUGGGGGUGAGAAAGACAGUGAGAGACUUUCAGUAGGUCUCAAGUGUUGCUCUCUUACUUCAUCUUUCUGUUACUUUCUGUGUCCCUCUCCUUAACUCUUCUCUUUCCCCUCUCCCCCUCCCCAGGUUGUCCGGUGCAGGUGGAGAGGAGGGGUCUAGAGUCUCACUUGUCGGAGUGUGAGUUCCGCAGCAGGGCGUGUCCUAGUGGCUGUGGCCAUACCCUUCUCUCUGUAGACCAAUCACAGCACAACUGUGUUGCGGAGCUACGAACAGAAUUGGAGCUGCUCAGGUUUGUGUGUAUUUGAGGUGAUGGAUUGAGAUACUGUAUAUUAGGCUGUUGUAGCCGCGUCGUGCCAAUAUUUACAAUAUUCUAGAGCCUCAAGGGUGUUAUCAUCAUUGCUUUUAUACAAUGGAUAUUGUGAUUUAUUGUGACACACGUGUGUGUUUGUGUGUGUCGCAGGGCAGAGAUGUUGGGUAAGGUGGAGGAGGUGAGGUGUGAGAUGGAGUCGAGGCUGGACUCUCAGAGGAGACACAUGGUGCAGAAAGAGUCUCUGCUGAAGAGCGAGGUGGAGGACCUCAAGGUGACACACACACACACUUAUAAUAUGUAAUACCUAUAUGGAUUUAUGUGUGUGUGUGUGUGUGUUAUGACACAUCCCUGUGUGUGUGUGUAGGGCCAGCUGUCGAGGGUGGUGUGUGAUGUGCGGGCUCUCUUGGGGGCGGAGCGCCUGCGGAGACAGGAGCUGGCAGAAGCGGAGCUAGAGAAGAGGGAGCUACUGGAGAUGCUACGGAGCCUGCAGCCAUGCAGGGGCCAGUGGAACAGAGACGAGCCAAUCAGGGGACUGCAUCAAGAAGACGGGCCAAUUAGGAGCCAGAAUCUAGUAGAACACCCAACCAGGGGCCUGCUGAGGGAGGGGCCAACACAUGCCUCUACCCAAUCACUUCCCUCGGCCUCGCCCACUCCAGCCUUAUUCCCGCCUACCGCCCCACAGCCAGGGGAGGGGUCACAUAAGGCCGGCCCCCGCAGCAUCACCCUCGACUGCAUCAAGAGGAGCAGAGAGGUCACCGUCAUCUGAGGGAGGUUGCACAGGGUUUAGGGGCCAUUCCUAAUGUUACUUUUGGGCACUGGGUAAUGUGCAUUAGGUACAAAUGAGAGAAAAUGCAUUGACUACCAUAUCCUCAAUUCCUUCUUAAUUUAACCGUUUGAAAACAUUUUGUCCGAUGUGGCAUCUCCUGAACGCACCCUUGAUGAUUGGCAGAUACCUGUGACAUUGCUUAAACUCAGAGGAAACCAACCUGCUGAGAUCCUAAAUAAAGUCUGAUGAACCACCUCUGAUCUCUGGUCCUCUUAAGGUACGAUAGUCUUACUCCAUCUACUCCAAUGGAUUGUAAUUAUAUACAGCUUAUCACUAAAUUCUUACAUUGUAUAUACCCCAUGCAUCGAUCCUUCUGUCAAUCCAACCAUCCAUCCAUCCAUACACUAACAUACCACAGUGAGGAACAUUAACACACUACUCCAGACAGCGCUCUCAAUCACAUAACUUUAUUGAGUCUGAACAACAAUGUAAAAGAACAAAAACAUAACACAACAAGAUCAACACAAAGUUCCACACAUCAUCAUCAAUAGAAUCCCACAGAGGACACGUUUCCAUGGAGAUGAUGUACUCAUUAUCCUGAUUGGUCCGUUAAGAGCCGUGAUGGGCUGCAGUCAUUGGCCAGGUUUGUUUACCUGGUGAAGGAGCGAACGUGUCGUCCCCUCCCCCCUCCGCUGCCUCCCCCACCGCUAAACUUCCCCCCCUGAGACCCCCUCCCCCUCCUCCUCCUCCUCCUCCCUGACUCAGCCACGACAGGCCUGUACCCCCACGACCUCGAGGGGCGCGGUCCCGCGGAGCCAGGCGAUACGCACCUGGAAGAGAGAGAAAGAGAGAGAGAGAGUGGCAGGAGGGAGGGAGAAGAACAAGGGUGACCAUCAGUAAUUGUGCAUGAAAGUAUUAUCUUGUAUGCAUGUUGUUCUCUGAAUAUGUGUGUGUGUGGUGCAUACAGUAUGUACGUGUGCAAACAAGCAUGUGUGUGUGUGUACCUGCAGGCUGCUGUCGUGAGGGCAGGGGGCCGCGUGUGAAGUUGCUCUGCCCGCCCCUGGCAUCACUAUAUGUUCCUCUGUGGGUAACCGGUGGCAACGGACCACUCCACGACGAGCCACCUCGCCCACCCUCACGACGGGCAUUAUAGUUACCUAGAAGGGACGGGAAGACAUGUUAGUCAAAGGUUCUUCAAAAGACAACAGACCCCCGCUUGUUAGUUUACAGCGAUGUGUGUGUGUCUACAUACCAGACAGCAGCACUCCUUUAGGCUGCGGUGGGGUGAAAAAGCGUGUCUGCUGGCUGUGGAAGGCAGCCCUCCCUCUGUUCCCAGUGAACAGGCCUCUGGUGGGGGGUUUGGGGGAGCUCUUAGGGGGUCGCUUGGGGGGCAACAGGCCCAGGGGAGUCCCAACGUCUUUAAACUCUGCCGCCACAAAGUCAUCCACGUGCAUGCUGGGAGGGCGCGAGGUGUUCUGUUUGCGCUGGCGGAAGAUGUCGUGGGGGCGACAGGGCUGUCCCCCGAAGCCCCCCCUGCCCCGACCGCGAGGAGCAGCCAUCAUGUGGGCUCUCUUAGCUGGCUCGAUGUAGUC